GUGCCUCUGCAAAUCUGAGUGUGUCUCUGCAAGAACCACAGGGAGGAUCAGCUGGCAGCUAGAGGGCUUUAAACAAUUGCAAGAAAACGGGCAAAGUGCGCGCAAUGCAAUCACAUCCAGAUCUUGAGGGGCUUUAGGAAUCACAGUGCCAGCCAUCGGAGAUGCUGCCUGUGUAGACAGACCAGGUUUCUGGGCAUUCCGACAUGAACAGACCAGAGGAGGCGCAGGAGACGGACGAGGAACCGGGGAGUGAGGACGUGAACGAGGCAGUGGAGGCUGACCUCCAGCACUCAGAGGAGGAGGAGGAGGAGGAGGCUGUGCACCGCGGCAACCGCAAGCGAGGAGGGUGGGUGCGCCCGGCGGACGAGGAGAGCACCUUGGCCAGGUCAGCCAGCACUGAGAGCGGCUUCCACAACCACACAGACAGGGCCGAGGGCGACGUGAUCUGUGCGCACGGUGACCCCUACGGGUCCCGGGAGAGACUGCAGGACAACGGAGAGGAGGACGAGCGCUCCUACGCCGUGCACUGCCGGCCAGAGGCGGAGGAGUACACUGAGAACGCCGAGUCAGAGCACGUGGAAGCUGCCAACAGCCGAACUCUCCCGAACGUCUCGCAGUUCAAUAUGGUGGACCGCGAAGGUGUCCUGGGCUCGGCCUACUCGGGGUACGUUUACAGCCACCGCCCGUUCCACCGCGGCGAGGAAGAACAGUACGCUGAGCCCUACGACGACUAUGCAGCUCAGGAGCACGUUUACGAGGAGAUCGGUGACGCGCCCGAGCUAGACGGUGGGGAAACCCUCCGGCUGUACGAGCAACAGAGGGAGGAGGCUGAGCACUACCGCAAGGAGGCUCUGGGGGCCAGGCUGCACCACUAUGACGAGCGGUCGGACAAUGAGUCGGACAGCCCUGAGAAGGAGGCCGAGUUUGCUCCCUACCCCCGGAUGGAUAGCUACGAGCAAGAGGAGGACAUUGACCAGAUCGUCGCAGAAGUGAAGCAGAGCAUGAGCUCCCAAAGCCUUGACCAGGGCUGUGAGGAAAUGCCAGAGGCCGAACAGAACUCAGAACGUGGUGUCGCCCUGGGCAGCGGGCAGGAGGCUGACGAUGUCAUGUCUGCGCUAAAUUCCCGCUCCCUGUCUUCCACAGGCCUGGGAGAGUCUGUGAGGCACACCAGAGAACAAAGGGAUGCCAUUUCUUUAGCUAUUAAGGACAUCAAGGAAGCAAUAGAAGAAGUAAAAACCAGAACCGUCCGAUCGCCUUACACCCCAGAUGAGCCAGCAGAACCCAUCUGGGUUAUGCGACAAGAUAUUAGCCCGACAGCAGAAUGUGAAAACCAACUGGUGAUGGAAGGAGAUCAGUCAGCCUCACCUGGUUCCUCUUCCCCCCGAGGCGCAGAAUCAGCAAUGAUGCAGCAUCGAUCCGAUAUACAUGAUGCAGCAGAAACAUCAGCGAACCAAGAGGAAUUGUCUCCCCUAUUGGAGUCCUCUUUCAUGGCAAGUAAUCACACACAGUGCCCAUUUUAUUCAUCAAGAAAGUGUUUGGCUUCCUUUCCAACUUACGUUGAAGUACCUGGACCAUGUGACCCGGAAGAUCUGAUUGAUGGCAUCAUCUUUGCAGCCAACUACCUGGGCUCCACCCAGCUGCUCUCGGACAAAACCCCAUCCAAGAACGUGCGGAUGAUGCAAGCCCAGGAGGCAGUCAGCAGAAUCAAGAUGGCCCAGAAAUUGACCAAAAACAGGAAGAAGGCAGCUGAAGGAGAGGCCCAGCCCAUGACUGAAGUUGAUCUCUUCAUCUCGACUCAGAGGAUUAAGGUGCUGAAUGCUGACUCGCAGGAAACUAUGAUGGACCAUCCCUUACGGACUAUUUCGUACAUCGCAGACAUUGGGAAUAUUGUUGUGCUGAUGGCACGUCGACGCAUGCCUCGAUCCAAUUCCCAGGACAGUGUGGAAGCGUCUCACCCUUCCCAUGAUGGGAAGAGGCAGUACAAGAUGAUCUGCCACGUCUUUGAGUCUGAAGACGCCCAGUUAAUAGCUCAGUCCAUAGGCCAGGCCUUUAGUGUCGCUUACCAGGAGUUCUUGCGAGCGAACGGCAUUAAUCCAGAAGAUUUGAGCCAGAAAGAAUACAGUGAUCUCCUCAACACUCAGGACAUGUACAAUGAUGACCUGAUUCACUUUUCUAAGUCGGAAAACUGCAAGGAAGUUCACGUUGAUAAGCAGAAAGGUGAAAUAUUGGGUCUGGUCAUUGUUGAGUCUGGCUGGGGCUCCAUACUGCCUACUGUAAUUAUUGCAAACAUGAUGCACGCAGGCCCAGCAGAAAAAUCUGGGAAGUUGAACAUCGGGGACCAAAUCAUGUCUAUCAAUGGCACCAGCCUGGUGGGACUUCCAUUGUCUACCUGUCAGAGCAUCAUAAAGGGUUUGAAGAACCAAGCUCGUGUGAAACUGAACAUUGUGCGAUGCCCACCUGUCACUACAGUACUUAUUAGAAGACCGGACCUUCGCUAUCAGCUGGGUUUCAGUGUCCAGAAUGGCAUUAUAUGCAGCCUUAUGCGAGGAGGAAUUGCAGAGCGUGGUGGUGUGAGAGUUGGUCAUCGGAUCAUUGAAAUCAAUGGGCAAAGUGUCGUUGCAACGCCUCAUGAAAAGAUAGUCCAUAUUUUGUCCAACGCAGUUGGUGAGAUCCACAUGAAAACAAUGCCUGCUGCCAUGUACAGGCUGCUGACUGCGCAAGAACAACCAGUUUACAUCUGAAAGGGCUGUUACAAUGACCCAGUGUGCAAAGUGGAUAUGUCUGUGUGGUUUGAUUGUGUUAAUCAUUGCUGCAUUCCUGCAGUGUCAGAAACUACAAUAUUUUUUAUUUAAACAUGCUUGGUUUGACAAAAAUCUGUUGAAAAAUCUUUGAUGCCUUUCAGAGAUGCAGCUUUGUGUGGUUUAUAUAGAAAUGAACAUAAAUAUAUUCCCACAGACUAAUUCUCAGUAAUCCACAAAUAGGCAAAGUAACUGGGCACGUAUAAAGUUUGAUGUUAUUUAAGAGAGAAGCUUUCACAGUAACCAUUUCAGCACCAUUGAAGAUGUCAUUAGGAAACAUUAUUUAACCUAAAAGAACUGACUAUGAGCAUUUAGAAAGUUAUGAAACUUGCAUUAUGGAGUGUGUUCUACUAAGAACGACUCAAACAUCCAAAUUUUCAUUGCUAACAUUUUUUAAAAAAAAACAUUCCCACUGUUAUUCCUCAUUUAUUUAUGGUUACUUCCCUGAAACAUUCCCCAUACAUUGUUGUUUAAAGUAGUUGUUAUUUUGAAAAUAUUAAUUGGUUUUGUUUUCUUCUAUUUCAAUACUUUUAAAGCCAUUUACUGAUGCACUGUGUGAAGCUAAGAUCAUUCCAUUGACUCCAAUUUAUAAAAUAAAAGGCUCUGGGACAUAAUUAUCAUUGUUAAUUUUAACAAAUCUUCAGCUGAGAUUAUAAAAUGGGGAACACUAUUUUAUACUCGGGUCUACUUUCUUUUUCUGUAAGCAUAAAAAUCAGCAAAGAGAGGCAAAUAUCCCCCCCACCAAAUAUGUUUACAUAAUCCCUUCAUCUGUAGCUACUGUUCUGUCAAAAUUAAUUUGAAACUACAUUGGCACAUUCUAGUUAAGCUAAUGUUGUGUUUUGCAAUGAGGGAGGUAAGAAUAGUUUUGAACAGAGGUUUUUUGGGUAACUUAAAAAUAUGAUAAUUGUGAAUAAUAUUUUUACAUCAGGCACCCUACCUUCACAUUCUGCAACAAUUUUUGCAGCCUAAAAUCUCAUUACUUAACUCCCAACGUGGUAGAUGUGGGCAUAUAAUUCUGUGUAGCAAAUUUUACUUGCAAACUCCUGUUGCUCAAGUGGAGAAAAGGCUAGGACUCAGCCAUUCUUUCAUCCUUUUAACUCGGAAAGCAUCGAUUUCACACAGAAAAGACAGCACUCCGCUUAAAUUCAUUACUUAAAUAUGUUUAAAUGCCUGUACAGUGCUGUGGGAUCAAUAGCUGCCAGGUUUGCAGUGCUGUGCCCUUAUUUGGCGGCCUGCACUUUAAGGUCUAAAAUUUCUAUUUGAUGAGGACACAUUUAGUUAGCCACAUAGAUAGCUCUGUAGAAGAAGUGACUUUGAAUUGUACAAGGUGUCUUUUCACAGCAAGACUUCACACACCACAGAAGCAGAAAAUACAAAUCUUAAUCUGUGCAGCAAUUCAAUCCGAGAAUAAGUUUAGCCAAAACUGGGCAGUAAGUGUCAGGUACUUAAAACCACUGGGUUCAUUUUCUGAAGAAGCGUCUAGGCCCGAAACGUCAGCCUUCCUACUCCUCUGAUGCUGCUUGGCCUGCUGUGUUCAUCCAGCUCUACACCUUGUUAUCUCAGAUUCUCCAGCAUCGGCAGUUCCUACUAUCUCUGGGUUCAUUUCCAUUUGAUUAAGAUGAGAAUGAGGUCUUAUAGAGUGUUGUUACGUAUCCCAUCAUCGCUAGUUUCACAGUCAUUGAUAUCAUGGUAAUGGAACAUCUGUUUCAUUCCUCAUCUAUGGAAUUAAAUUAGACCAGAAUAGUUUAUGAAUGAGCAUCCUGGAAUUGUCAAGGUUCACUCCUGCUUCAGAUCAAUAUCAGAGACAACA